AUGGAAUCCCCUGCACUCGAACCGCCAGCGAUUUCAACGAUGCAAGAGGCCCAAGAGAUUUUUCCAGCCAACAGAAAAAUGGAAUGCCCUGAAAUGAUGGAACCUCUUAGGUCAGCAACCGUAGAAUGCCCCCAAAAUGUCGAUUCCUUGAUGGCGCCUACAGUCGAAGAAUCUUCGAAAACAUCUGAAGAAGAAUGUCAGAAAGACGAAGCAGAUAUUUCUAUGUCUGCGACGACUCAGGAACAUGACCAAAGUUUGGAUUCUUCGACGUCGGCAUGUGAAAUCUAUCCCAUGGAAGCAACGUGUGAGUCGAAAUCUUCCAAUGGAACAGAACCUUCAGAAGAAACUGUCAUGGACGCAAGCGGGGAUAUGGAUCCUGAGAAUAACGUCGAAUCAUUUGACCAAAACGAGAUAAAACAACCUAGUGGUUCCAGUUUCGAAACGGCAUCAGUGCCAAGUAUGGACUCUUCGGAGGAAACUCGGCAAGAUGCAGAAAACCAGGGCUUUACUGCCAAUGAAUGUUAUCAAGCAGAACCUAUUCAGACUCCGACUGUUGCAUACCAGGAAAGUAUCUUAGAAUUGCCAAUUUCAACCACAAUAGAAUAUUCUGAUAACGUAGAAAUGUCAAAGACAGUUACCGUUCCGGUACAGACAAUUUACCCAAUUUUACAACGAAAGGAAUGCCCAGAAAGUCUUGAAGAAGACUCGGAAUUUGACCGCGAAGAAAACACGGAAAUUCCAAUGGUUCCGUCCCCUGAAAAUGAACUGCCAUCUGAAGGGCAAGUGAGUUAA